AACCGUGCGCUCACACUUUGCCAUCCAGCCAGAUACAGAGAAGCAAUGGGAGACGAUAACUGAGGCAACCACAAAGAGAUAUACACUGAGACCGACUAUGGCUGUGGACGCUGCGUCCAGCUUCAGCUUCUGCCGUGCAUCCCUGGAGCAAACCGUUUCUGCAGAGGAGUUAAGCUACCAACUGCCUCGCCGGCCAGGGUCUAGUCUCACCUGGCAUGAUGGGAGGGGACAGAUGAACACGUACACACGCGCCGUCAAACUACUGCAGCAACCUGGCUCAAAGGGCAUACAGCUGCAUCCAGGAGAAGCCUUCACUGUGUACCACACCAGCCCUACGCUGUCCAGUCUGUCCAAACCAGUGGUGCUGUGGACCCAACAGGACGUCUGCAAGUGGCUAAAGAAACACUGUCCACACAACUACCUAACCUAUGUAGAAGCCUUCUCCCACCACGCUAUCACAGGUCGUGCAUUGCUGAGGUUGAACGGGGAGAAGUUGGAGAGGAUGGGCAUUGUCCAGGAGACACUGAGACAGGAGGUUCUACAGCAGGUCCUUCAGCUACAAGUCAGAGAAGAGGUCCGCAACCUGCAGCUGCUCAGCAGAGCCUCCUUCGGAAACCUUUCCUAGCUCGAUCCCUUUCUCGAUCCCUUUCUCCUCCGCUGAAACAAUACGUCACCAGUAGCUAUGGUAGGACCUGCUCGCUCCAGAUAUGUGACAGCAGAACUGGGCUGUAAAAGGAGAGAACUGAAGAGAGGAGAGAAGUGAAGAGGGGAGAGAACUGAAGAGGGGAGAGAACUGAAGAGG